AUGUUCGACGUUUGUUGGGCUAUCGACGCAUGUCCUUACUGUGUUUUUUGGAAAGAGUUCUGCGCUGACCUUAAGCCAGGCCAGAGAAUUUUCGAAGACAUUGAGUACAGCUUAGCGCUAAAAGAGGUCAAGGAUUGUGCACUUAGAUACGGCGAAGUAGGUCAGUUUGCUACUCAUAGCCUUCGGCGUGGAGGCGCUGCCACUAUGGCCUUUUGUGGAGGUACUAAGUCUGCUACUUUGGCAGCUGGGAGGUGGAGUGGGAGCGCCUCCUCUUGGCGUAGGUACAUCUCAGAAGAUAAGCUUGAAUGUGGAGCGUUAAUUGAGAUGGCUAAAAAUGACCAAGAUAGUUUUAGUGAUGAUGAAGAUCGAUGAAGAUGCUCUGCCCGUUAAGUUGUUAGAAUCUGCAGAACAUGGCGAUUUUUAAUAAGAAUUAGGCGGUUCCCUCCGGCUUAUAGCUGACCUUGUUGUUACAUAUAAUGGAAGUUGAGAAUUAAACAAGUUUCCCACAUCGAUAAGAGUGAUAAUUUUAAAACUUUGUGAGCCGGAUAACAUGUAGGGGUAAUUGGAAAUCCUAAGUCAGCAUCUGGGUUUCGACAAGAGCUAAUCCGAUUUUUCGAGAGCUUGCUCUAGUGUUCUUGGUAUUCGGCGCUCAAAGCUUCGCUGUUUUUGCAUCUCAGAUAGAGGAGACGUUCGGUAAGUUCGAUUUGUACAAGGAGUAAAAAUUCUUCACUAAAGCGAAGACGAGUGUCAAAAAACACGAACGCGUCGCACAAAGUCGCGUCCCAGUUUGUAGGAUUUCCCCCGCCUUGUUAACAUAACGCAAGAAAUAAAUCCUACGGUGUGAUAAGGCUAUAUCAAACACGUACGAGAGACGUAUCUAGAUCUACGACAGACAGCACUAAGAUCACACUCUAGAAUCAUUACUAGACCAGCCCCGUUCUCACCACGCGGUAGAAUCAUCUACAGCAUAAGGCGACUACUCGGCGUCUAGAGAUCGUCCUAGAGAUCGUAGAGUGCCUAUCUGCCAGACUAGAUAGCUCAGGAGAGAGCGAAAAGAUCAUCCCACUCCAAAAGGGUGCAAAAAGAGCACUACAUAAACAAAAUGCUCCGAGAUCUGAAACAAAAGCUCCAGACCUUUAUUGAAGAAGUACCUACUGAAAAAAAAGCAAUACAAAUAGCCGCUAUCUUAUCGAACAAAAGGAGGCUCGAGAUCGCUUCACUAAGUAGCAUCCGUUUGGUCGCGUAUGGAAAUCGCGUUUGAUCUCUCACCUAUUCGCUCGACAAGGUAACACGGCCCAAAGAUCGACACUUGACUCAUUUAAUACCUUUCGGAUAAUACGGAGCACACAAAUGAAAAGACGCACUUGGAUCCUACGCUAUGUGAAUAGAAGAAGGACGGAGUGGCCACUUAAGAUAGAUGGCCGCAUAUUUACAUAACUACAUAAAUCAAGGCAGAUUGGCCGUCUAUCACAAGCAUUGUUUUCUUUGUCAAGCACACAUGAUUUACGGCCGAUUUGCCACAAAGACUCCCAAGAUUCAGGAUUGUAAUCAAGUCAUCCGCGUAUAGCGUUUGACUUCUCAUCUGUGUUGAUUGUGUAUUGGUCGGACCAGUCACAAUCCGGAAGUGCGUUUAUUUGUGACAUUUGUCGACGAGAAACCUUUGGAGAUGCCUUUGUGCUACAUUUGUCACUAUCUAAUAUUUGUGCCGAGAGUGGACACAUUUCAAAAAGACGCGAGAUGCGCGCCUUUCUAGGUAAGUGUUGCCAUUAGGACGCGCC